AUGACAGCGCGUGUGCUGGAGGUCGAAGGCCAAUUCUUGUAUCUCCCGGGAUGCAUGAUCAUGUCCUUCGAUGAUCCCACCACCCGCACGGCUGAGGUCAAGCUCGUCCGCAUGGUCCAGGGCGUAGAUCUAGGUCGCCUAGCGGAGACUCACAACGUGUAUAAGAACGUUGUCCACGACCUAGUAGGGGUUGAAGAAGCUAGCCAGGAACUGGACAGCAUCAUGCAGCGCUCUCCGCGCUUUAACAAGUGGCUCUUGGUCCCUGCAUAUGGGCUGGCUAGUGUCGCCGUGGGUCCAUUCGCAUUUGAUGCCCGACCGAUUGAUAUGCCCAUCUGUUUCUUUCUAGGAUCCCUGGUCGGAUUUAUGCAACAUGUCCUAGCACCCAAAUCCGUGCUGUAUUCGAAUGUGUUCGAGGUGUCGGCGGCCGUUUUGACGUCCUUCCUCGCGCGUGCAUUUGGCUCCAUCAAGUCUCCCUUCGGGGGCGAGGAGUACCUUUUCUGUUUCUCGGCCCUCGCCCAAUCCUCGAUCGCUCUCAUCCUUCCUGGUUUCAUGGUGCUGUGUAGCAGUCUGGAACUGCAGUCACACCAGAUGAUUGCGGGGUCGAUCCGUAUGGUCUACGCUAUUAUUUACUCGCUCUUCCUUGGUUAUGGAAUCACGGUGGGCACGACAAUCUACGGGCUUCUCGAUGGUGCUGCCAACUCUCAGACGACGUGCAAGCGGCUGGACGUGUGGGGCAGCGAGUACAUUCAGCAUUUUGUCUUCGUGCCGGUCUACGUCGUCUUCCUCGCCAUCAUUAACCAAGCCAAGUGGAAGCAGGUACCGACAAUGAUCGUCAUAGCGAUUUGUGGAUACGUUACCAAUUAUUUCAGCACCAAAAAGCUGGGCUCCAAUUCGGAAGUCGCCAAUACGGUGGGUGCGUUCACGGUCGGGCUGCUUGGCAACUUGUACAGUCGACUCUGGCAUGGGCAUGCCGCCACUGCCAUUCUUCCCGGGAUCUUUGUGCUCGUCCCAUCCGGCUUGGCCUCGAGUGGCUCGCUGAUGGCCGGUAUUACGUACGCCAACGAGGUACGAGAAAAUCUAGCCAAAUCGAACAGCAGCGACACCCUCAACAGUGCUAGUCAGGAUACAUCGAUCGCCAGCUUGGGAUUCGGUAUGAUCCAGGUCGCCAUCGGUAUCACCGUCGGCUUGUUCAUUGCUGCUCUGGUCGUUUACCCCUUUGGAAAACGACGCAGCGGUCUUUUCAGUUUCUAA